CCCCCCCCCCCCCCUGACAGCCCCGUUUUCAGGGGAAGGUAAAAUGAGGCAACAUAAAACAGAAGUAACCACCAGCGUUUUGAAGGACAAUAUUUUUCAAACGUUAUUUCAGAGAACACUUAUUAUGGCGUUUUCAGUUGUCUAUUUGAUUGCUGUCAUUGGUCAAGGAAAAUGAUAGUGUGCUGAUGUCAUUAUCUAGAAACCAGAACUGAGCGGUUUGCAGCUUAGAAGUGUAAUCAGUGGGCUUUUGUUUAUAUGUGAUUGUUGUUUAGUUUGUGUGAACAUGUUUCUAGUACUGUUGGCCCUGGCAACCCACCUUCAUUUACAGUUUAUUGGACUCAUUUCAAACAAGACAACACAGGAAGCCUUGAAGUCUCCCCUCCCUGCUUUUGUGUGACCUCACCCUCUUAUUGGACUUACAGCACAGUGUGUGUGUGUGUUUUUAGUAUGUGAGUACAUGUGCCUCGGCGUGCGUGUACUGUAUGUUACCUCCACCGCUGUGUGCUUACUGAAACAGCCAUGUAAACUGGCGGGUCAGUGGCUAUCUCAAGUCCAAGUCUAGCGUGGACACAUACCACAGUCCUUUCCAAAUUGCCUGGCUAUCUGACUAGCCUGGAUUCCUCCCAUCUUUCCACACACUACAACAAGUAAGCCAUCGCUGGAUUGAGGUCCCUAGUGUUCUGCAGAGAGCAGACCACCAGAGAUUUGUGAACCCUGUUUGGUUACAACCAGUACAUACAGUGAGGCUCUUGUUUGUAUGUCUUGUUGAAUCGCUGUACUAAUCUGACAGAGAUAAUAGGAGUCUGUUGAGCGAAGUGAAGCAUGGCCUUGGGAAGUAGGGCUGUAUGGAGGGAUGGUGCCUGGAAGGGUGAAGGCCGAGUCUCAUGACACAUCAACUGAAUGGAUCGGGCCACGUGCUGAUGUUGGCCUGCUGUUUUGGAACACUGGAACUAAACAAAUUUAGUGGAGUUAUAGAUAGAAUGUUCAAAUGCUGCUUGGUUACUGUGGUUUCACAGGAACUCCCCACUAGCUAUUCAGUUUGUCCUUGAAGAGAUUUGUUAUUCCUCCGUAGAGAACUGCAUUUUGGGUGCUCAUCUACCUCUUCUAUGGUCCUGAUCUCGCCAAGCCUUGGUUACGUCAAAGCGGUACGAGUUCUAAAUCCGCUUGAAUACAACGGGCUUUGAAAUAGGUUCAGAUAUAGAUUUGAUGUGCAUGGUGUCAGGGGUGCGUCACCGGCUCCAUGAAGGAGCUGCUGCUGCUGCGGAAUUGCAGGGGUGAGUCAUACUGGACGUUCAGGACUGCUGCUGCUGUUCUUACCUUGUGUUCUCGGGUGGGUGCAGGGAGAACAUGGGGAGCCACAGGUUGUCUUUCUCUCUCGCUCUCUCUCUUUCUCUCUCGCUCUCUCUCUUUCUCUCUCUCUCUCUCUCUCUCUCUCACUGUAUUUCUAGCAGGAAGAAGAGGGUAGAUGUAGGUAGAACCACCGUCGUGGGUAAACAGUCGCUGUCUUUCUUUUUUGCCCGGUCGCAAAUCAAAUCCUAAAUAUUUGACCACACUACAACACUUGGAAAGAUCUCUGAGGAUGGAAAUAAAAAAAAGGUACAGUCUUUUAAAGUGUAAGGUGGUAAUCUUAUAAAACAUCUCUCCUGAUCCUCUCAUCUGCUUAUGGAGCACGAGGCAGGGGGGGGGCUAUGCAAGCAGACGUAUAAGUUGGUCUUUAAGACCCUCGUCACCGGUAGGCUUCAUGGGACACUGCCUCGCUUGUUGUGACUCACAGCCUCCUGCCCCUUCUGGAAGCCCUCACGAGAACUGAUCUGCUGCACCCCUACUCAAGCCUCUGCCCUGCCUUACUGCUCACACAAGUCACAUGUCCUCCCCAUCUCUCCUGUCACUCGACCCAGUGACGUAUAGGGAGCCUACACCGGCAGUCACGUGACUACAGACAGAGACUUUGUGCGAAAGGCCACUGAUGUAUUUCUCCUUUUAACGAAAAUCCGUUUUUGCAUUGUUUAGGUUUUACCGGAUCGAGACAGACAGGUAAUGAAGGGGGGAGAGAGUAAGGAAGACGUGCAGAAAUGUCCCGAGCCGGAAUUGAACCCGGGCUGCUGCAUUUGGGCCUUGGCUUGUACGAUACGCGCCCUACCCGAUGCGCCCCCUAUCGACCAGGAGGAGCUGUUUGUGCAGAAGCUGCGGCAAUGCUGCGUGCUCUUUGACUUCAUCACGGACCCCCUGAGCGACCUCAAGUACAAGGAGGUGAAGCGGGCCGGCCUGAACGAGAUGGUGGAAUACAUCACACACAACCGCGACGUGGUCACCGAGUCCAUCUACCCCGAGGCUGUCAUCAUGUUUUCAGUGAACCUGUUCAGGACCCUGCCCCCGUCCUCCAACCCCACAGGAGCUGAGUUUGACCCGGAGGAGGAUGAGCCCACGCUGGAGGCCGCUUGGCCCCACCUGCAGCUGGUGUAUGAGUUUUUCUUACGGUUCCUGGAGUCGCCUGAUUUCCAGCCUAAUGUCGCCAAAAAAUACAUUGACCAAAAGUUUGUGAUGUCCCUCCUGGAGCUGUUUGACAGUGAAGAUCCCAGGGAGAGGGACUUCCUCAAGACCAUCCUGCAUCGGAUCUACGGCAAGUUCCUGGGCCUCAGGGCCUACAUCCGCAGACAGAUCAACAACAUCUUCUACAGGUUUAUAUAUGAAACGGAGCACCACAACGGAAUCGCAGAGCUCUUAGAAAUCCUAGGAAGCAUCAUCAACGGCUUCGCCCUCCCACUGAAGGAGGAGCACAAGAUGUUCCUGAUCCGCGUGCUGCUGCCCCUCCACAAAGUCAAGUCUCUCAGCGUGUACCACCCGCAGCUGGCCUAUUGUGUGGUGCAGUUCUUGGAAAAGGACAGCAGUCUGACUGAGCCGGUGAUAAUGGGCCUGCUGAAAUUCUGGCCCAAGACCCACAGUCCGAAAGAGGUGAUGUUCCUCAACGAGCUGGAGGAGAUCCUGGACGUCAUCGAGCCCUCUGAGUUUGUCAAGGUCAUGGAGCCGCUCUUCAGACAGCUGGCCAAGUGUGUGUCCAGUCCACACUUCCAGGUGGCAGAGAGGGCGCUGUACUACUGGAAUAACGAGUACAUCAUGAGUCUGAUCAGUGACAACGCAGCCAAGAUCCUCCCCAUCAUGUUCCCUGCUCUCUACAAGAACUCCAAGAGCCACUGGAACAAAACAAUCCAUGGUCUGAUCUACAACGCUUUGAAGCUCUUCAUGGAGAUGAACCAGAAACUGUUUGAUGACUGCACUCAGCAGUACAAGGCAGAAAAACAGAAAGAGAAGUACAAGCUGAAGGAGAGGGAGGAGAUCUGGCACAAGAUCGAGGAGCUGGCCAAGCAGAAUCCCCAGAUGACCAAGGUCUCCUUGCGGCCGGGCCUCCACCCACAGGAAGAGUACAUGAUGUACAAUGAGAGUGCAGGAGGAGUGCCCCUGUACUCUAUGGAAAUGGAGACGCCCACUGCCGAGGACAUUCAGCUGCUGAAGAAGACUGUGGAGACCGAGGCCACACCGGUAUCAGCACACUCACAGGGGAUGAAGGAGAUCAAGAAGGACAAGGCGCUGAUGCGACGGAAGUCCGAGUUGCCGCAGGACGUGUACACUAUAAAAGCCCUGGAGGCGCACAAGAGAGCGGAGGAGUACCUGACGGCCAAUCAGGAAGCCCUCUGACCAGGGAACAGUGGGGGCCCCCUCUGCUAACUCCUCCCCCUCCUCCUCGUCUUUUAUCCAUCCACCAAUCGCCUGCUGUACACCUGACCCGCCCACCUUCUUUUCAACCGCGCCCCUCUUAGCUUCCCACCUCUGCUGGAGAGCCCUGUCGUCAGAACACCCGGUCAUCACAAACUGUAACAUGCCAACAAAUACCCGCCCUACACACACGAGCGUAUAUACAUACACACACACACACACACACACUGUAAUCUGAGGGUACAGUGGGACGAUCAUUAGGUUGCACGCGGACAGCAAUCAGUUCAACACAUAAUUGUGUCGGCCUCUGUGAAGCAUGUUUGUUUCAUUUUAGUUUUGGUCAGUGUUUGGAUUUGUUUCCGAUUUUCCACAUGUUGGUCCACCCUUGUUUCUUGCUGUGCUAAGAGAGUACUGCCCCGACAUACCCCCGACACCCAAUGUGGGGGCAAGG